UGUUUCAGUUUGGUUAUUGAAUAUUUUCUUUUCUGGUCUCCUGCAUUUUGGGUCCUCCACCACCAGUUCCUGACACUUUGUUGGUUUUUACCCAGCUGUGAAUUGGUUUUUAAGUCUGUAGUCUGUUCUGGUCCUGAAACACUCAAGGAAGCUCUCUAAAGAAGAACGGCCCUAACGAGGAGACUCGUCAACUCAACCUCCAGAUCCGGAUGGAGGUUCAGUCUGGAGGAAAACCAAGGACAGAGGUCCUCAAAAGAAAAGCUAUGUCUGGGUUUGAGUUCACUUCCUGUCAGGAGAAAGAGGAGGGGCCAAGGAGGCAGAUUGAAAACUCCCCUCCCCCGCCUUUUUCUUUGAGUCUGUGUUUUCUUCCCUCAGAGUUGUGGCCUCUCUCUCUCUCUCUCUCUCAAUGGCAUGCACAGGUCUCUUGCUCUCUCUCUCUCUCUGCCAGCUUUCCAUUCGUCGUCACUCUGGAAUGAAGUCAGGCUGCAGACUGGCGAGGAACUGAAGACUGAAAACAGACAGCAGAGGAUGUGAAGAACAGAGGAACAGAGCGGCAUGAGAAGGCUGCUGAUGACUGUCAAUCACUUGAUCUGAACCAAUCAGGAGAUAGAAGAAUGGAGGGCUGAUUGACAGGAAGCCUGCGCUUCGACUUAAAGAAAUCCAUCGCUUGGUCAGGAGAGGCAGCCAUGCUGGCAUCUGUAAAAGGACACACAGGAAGCCAGAAUCUACUGCACUUCCUGUUGGGGAUGCUCCUGGUGUGGCCUGAAGGGGGUGUUGUUACCCUGGAGCUGCUUCCUUCUGCCUCACAAGUUCUGCUCAAAUCAAACUCCAAUUUUUCUGUGGUAUGCUCAGGGUGGAGUCCGGUGUCAUGGCUACUGCCUCAGCACUCUGACAACAGCAGUGUGCUGCUGGAGACCCGGGACUCCAGCAGCACACUGCAUCUUUUCAAAGUCACCUGGAAGGAUUCUGGCCGAUACACCUGUAAGGAGGAGUCAGCUGAUCAGAGCCGUCAUGUCAACAUCUUCAUCCCUGGGGAAGGUACUGAUGAGUGGUUUAUUCCAAUGAGUUCAGGGGUAGUAAUGAAGGAGGAAGAGGAUGCAACCAUUCCCUGUGUGGUGUCUGACCCCCAGCUAAACGUGUCACUGUUUGAGCGCCCCAGCAGGACGCUGGUCCACGGGAUGGUUUACCAUCCAGCUCUGGGCUUCACAGGAAACCUAAAUGACUCAUCAUACAUGUGCUUGGCCUCCCGUGGUGCUGAAGAAAGAGACUCUCGGGUGUAUUAUGUUUUCACUAUCGUAGCUCCUAAGAGGAUGCAAGUUGAGCUUUGGGCAUCCAGCAGAGUGCUGAAGCAGGGGGAGGUUCUCACCGUCAACUGCACAACCAACUAUGAUAUAGUAUUCUUCACUUGGACUUUCCCCCGCAAACAGGAGGUGGAACCUCUGAUGGAGUUUUUACCCAACCAUUCCCGCACCUUCAUCAAUAUCACUGCAGCAACAGCAGCAGAUUCUGGUGUGUAUGUGUGCACAGUGGAGGAACCAAAACAUGGGAAAAAGGUGGAAAAAAACAUCAGUAUACAAGUGCUGGAGCGAGGUUAUGUCUAUCUAUGGCCAGUGAGUGGCGCUAACGUGUCAGCUCCGCUACAUCAAAUGGUAGAGCUCAAAGUGGAAGUUGAUGCCGUCCCCACCCCCACCAUCACCUGGACGAGAGACAACCUGUCAGUCACCGAGGAAACAGCCUCCAUUUUUACCAGUCACAUGACAGAAAGCAGGUAUCUGAGCACGAUGACUGUGCGGCAAGUUCUGAUGAAUCACACUGGGAGUUACAUGGUGACUGCUUCCAGUGACAAUGAUCUGGCAACUUUCAUCUUCAAUCUGCAGGUCACAGUGCCUCCAAAGAUACUGUCUCUGCUGAGUUCUGGAGGUAACGCCAUGCUGUGUGUAAGUGAAGGGGCUCCACCACCCUUUAUAACCUGGUACACCUGCCACAGCACAAACAGGUGUAAUAAUGGAAGUGGCAAUUGGAGGAAUGUGUCAGCAGCCUCAGAGACUGUGAGACUGCAGGAAAACAUCACACAGGUGACAGAGAAGGGCAUCCCCCAGGUACGCAGCAUGCUCAUGCUGAACACGAUCAGCUCUUUGUCAGCGGUUCGCUGCGAAGCCACAAACUCUGCAGGAGGACGCGCACGAGACCUACGAGUGGUGUCCACAUCUCUCUUCUCUCAGGUCAUCAUCUUGGCAGCCGUUUUGGUACUGGUCAUUGUGGCUGCGGUCUGCCUCAUCAUCCUCAUUGUCCUCUGUAGGAAGAGACCUUGUUAUGCAUUUUCCUGGAGGCUGAUCGAGUCUGUGAGUCCUGAUGGACGGCGAGUUACUUACCUGGACCCUGAUGACCUGCCCUACAACUCAGCCUGGGAAAUAUCUCGAGACCAAGUCAGUCUAGGUCAGGUUUUGGGUUCUGGUGCAUUCGGCCAUGUUGUUGAGGCCACAGUCUCUAACUUGCUUCCGACUCUUUCUACGGCCAAAGUAGCUGUGAAGAUGCUCAAAGGAGGAGAAAAGGUUCAGUCUCUGAUAUCCGAGCUGAAGAUUUUGGUCCAUCUGGGUCCUCACCUGAAUGUUGUCAACAUGCUGGGAGCUUGUACAAAAGGAGCUCCAGUCUACCUGAUCACCGAGUUCUGUCGUCAUGGUGACCUGGCGAGCUACCUGCUGAGGAAUAAGCACAUCUUUGUGCAGGGAGAUGACCCCACCAGGAGGAGCAUCACUGACCAAGACUACAUGGACAUGGUCACAGAGAGGGGGGAUCCGUUUGUCAUCAAACCCAUUCAGGAACUGCUGCUUGCUUCAGCAGACCAGCAGGAGGCUUCAUCACCCCUUCUGAAUGACUCCCAUCUUCUCACCAUCCAUGAUCUCAUCAGCUUCUCCUUCCAGGUGUGCCAGGCCAUGAACUUCCUGUCCUCCAAAAAGUGUGUCCACAGAGACCUGGCAGCGAGGAACGUCUUGGUCUGUGACAACAAGCUGGUGAAGAUUUGUGACUUCAGUCUGGCCCGAGACCUCCAGAAGCACCAGGACUAUGUCCAGAGAGGAAAUACCUUCAUGCCUCUGAAGUGGAUGUCUCCAGAGAGUAUCUUCCAAAACAUCUACAGCUCCCAGAGUGACGUCUGGUCCUACGGGGUCUUACUCUGGGAGAUCUUCUCUCUUGGCAGAUGUCCGUACCCUGACCUGCAAAAGACCCAAGAGAUCUGUUCUGCUCUGAAAAGAGGAUACAGAAUGACCCAGCCAGAACACGCCCUUCCUCAUAUAUUCGAGCUGAUGCAGCAAUGCUGGGAGGAAGAUCCUCUGUCCAGACCGUCUUUCUCCUCUUUGGUCAUUUCUUUGGAAAAGAUAAUGAGUGAUGGCUCCCGACAGCACUAUCUGCAGCUGACCAAGGCCUUCCUGGAAGAACAAAACCCAGUAACUGCACGAUUAGGAGAAGCUCAGCAGCACGAUGACUCACACACACGCGGAAGUUCUGCUGUUGAGGUGAACCUUCAUCGGUUGGAGGUGAAGGAAGUGGAGGCAGGCUCCUCCCACAGCGCUUCUACCAAUCCUGCUGCUGACAUCACUGCAGAAAGCAGCAACGCUGCCCUGGACACAGACCGCCCUCAGCUGUCAGCCCCUCCCGGCAUCCCUCAGCAAAAACCUGGGGCUUUGGAUGUGACAUUACCAGAGAAGGGGUUACAGCUUCCAACGCUGUCCUGCAGCUCUGACAAAGAGGAGGAGAGCUGCCUGUGAAGGUGGUUUCUGCCGGUCAGAUAGCAGAAGGGCAUUAAAAAAAUCCACCUACAUCUGGACAGUAAGGCUGCUCACCUGUACCUCUGCAGCGGUCUGAGUUUAGAUUGAUGUUCUGCAUUGUCUUCAUGUACUCUGCUUUGGUCUAAAGUGUAUAUCUGGGCUCUAUAACAAAUCAUUUGCCUCAUUAAAGUGUAUUCAGCAGCUUC